AUGGAACAGGUUCAGACCGGUUGGAACCGGUCCAAGCUGGUUGGAACCGGUCUAGACUGGUUGGAACCGGUUGAAGCCGGUUUGAAGCUGUCCAAGCUGAUUGGAACCGGUCUAGACCGGUUGGAACUGGUUGAAGCCGGUUGGAACCAGUCCAAGCUGGAUGGUACCGGUAUAGAUCGGUUGGAACCGGUCCAAGCUGGUUGGAAUCAGUCUAGACCGGUUGGAACCUAUUCAGACCAGUUGGAACCGGUUGAAGCCGGUUUGAAGCUGUCUAAUCUGGUGGGAACCGGUCUAGACCGGUUCGAACCUGUUGAAGCCAGUUGGAACUGGUCCAAGCUAGCUGGAACUGGUCUAGACCGGUUGGAACUGGUCCAAGCUGGUUGGAACCGGUCUAGACUGGUUGGAAUCGGUUGA